UGCCAACCUGCUUGGUUGAAACCUGGACAUUGGCGCCAAAUGUCUUGCACACAAGUACGGAGUACAUCUACCCUAUGUCAGUGCUUGCACCUGUUAUCUCUCUCCCUCCUCUCUAUUUCGAACGUCUCUAGGUUGGUGCGCUACACUCGUUCUUUCAGAUAUCGCCUUUUUCCACGCCUCCUAAGCUGUCAACGACAAGCAUUGAACCCCUCCUUUCCCCUCGAAUCUACAAACUUGUGGUUGUUGCACUGCUUGUUAGCUUUGCUCCUCCAUCAGCCCAACCCGCUUGCCAAAGGCUUCUUCCGAGAUCGCACGCAAUAUGGCAAUCCCUGAUCUAGUCGUUGUCCUCAUUGCUGUCGUCGUUUGUGCUGCGGCAGUCAUUGUCGGUGCCGCCAUUCACAGGGCUAUGCGACGAGAGCAAUAUGAGAGAUAUACCCUGAACAUCCCCCCGGAGCAGCAUGAAUACAUGCGCGAUAUGAGGGAGAAGUAUGUCAACAUGAUGUACAGCGAGAGUCGUGUAUAGCCUAACCCACAUGAAGCAUCCUAUCCUUGUGAUGGGGAUCGCUUAACCUCCGCUUUCGAUGUCGCGCCGACCUUCAGGCGGGUUUGACUCCCAUAAGACCUGAUCGGGAAGUUGGUCGGUCAUUGCAUCUACAAAGACGCGUCAUACCGGGCGUCAAGGUUGCCACAAGUCGCUAUCCUCACGUUGGAUGUCUUCCGCUAUGACUUCGAACCAGGAACGGCUUCAACAUUACUACACCUAUCACGGUCACAAAGUAGGAAGAUCUGGAAACAAUGAUACCCUAGGGCGUCGAAUUGUUUCUUUGACCGGUCUCCACAGGCUGAAAGCCUUCAACAACUACGUUGAACCCGUCGAUGAGAAGCAUUCUACCCACGAUACCUUGGGAGCAUGCAGGUAGUACCACACGACAAUAGCCGCCUUCGAAUUGGACUAAUGGUCCAUUGUCAAUGGCUCAAACUGGUCGAGAUUGCACAUGACACCAAAAGCAUGGGGUCCAAUGCCGAAGAAGUACCGUCCGGCUCGCCAGAUGUCGGUACAUUGAGGGGAACACGGCAGCUGUUUCUCUUCACGAUUCGAGGUUUAAGCCAGCCAUCGAUGCUCUCGAUGAAGCGCAUCUGUGGCGGAAGAUUCCAAAAUGGCAUUCGCCAUCGCUCAGGACAUCUGGGACAUUAUCAAGCCACUCAAGAGGUCAAAAUUUUUAAGGUUAGAGUCUGUGUCACCAAAGGUUGACAGGCAAGGCCAUCCUAUAUUGGAACCCAAAACGUCAAUAUCGUGGUGUUUGCUCUCAACAAGGUACUAAGACAAUGGGAGGAGUUCCCCUUGUUGCAUGGUCACCAGCGGCGCUGCUCUUCCUAGCACAGGCUCUACUCUCUACGUAUGCCAACGCUCUCUAAUGGAUCAAACACGAUGUUGAGGCACUCGUUCGAGCGUGAUGAUUAUAGGGUCUGAAAUGAGAAGAAAUCAUUGGAUCAAAUAUACAGUAACUUCAGUUAUGACAACUUUUUGUGGCGAAGCGACCUCAUCUGCAGUGAUCGACAAUUACGCCAACUUCUUAAGUGUUGAUGGACACAAAGACCUUUGUUACCACGUGAUGGGCCUGACCGAUAGGUUUUUCUGCAACGACAAGUUGGACGAGGGUUCAUCUGCGCAGCAGGAGUCUGAUUCAGCAUCCGCGUUCAGCUCUGAGGAGAUUAUGUCCUGCACACUCGAAUAGAUCUGAGCAACGUCCUUGACUUCGCUGGCAUUAGCUUCCAAUACCUUCUCCAACUGAGACUUCUGCCAUGCAAUGACCCUGUUGGCUUCUUCAAGCUCAAGCUGGCAUUGAGCAUGCUGCAGCUGUUGAUUGUCGGAAGACUGUUUCCUUUGAGUUUCCGAGGUUUUUAAUUCUUGCUUUAGUUCCUCAAUCUGCCUUGUUUUGCAAUGGUCCAAGGGCACGUAUAUGCUCAAUGACUCUCCUAGGGCCGCCCGGUCUAUAUAGAGUUUACAGCAAUACCCAAGGAAGAUAAUAAUGAUGAUGAAAUUUCGGAAGUCGGACCACGGGAAGGAGUUCCAGAGGAUGGUGGACCAUGAACUCUCUUCUCCUUCUUCCGACUCAGCAGCGAUGAUCCAGUCGGCUGCCGUUUCGCGGACAACACUUCGUGCAGCUGGAAGGAGAGUAGUGACAUUGGCGGUUAUGAGAUGUUUGGUGGUUGAUCGACGUUCUACGGUCAAAGAAGGAGAAUGCUGAUCUGUGAGUUCAGAGACUGGUUGAGCUGCUGAAUUUGGUCGAGUAUUCCAGGAAGUGGCGGUCCGGAACCAUGUACUGGCCAGAAAAUACUGGUCUUGUUGAUCAGGAGUGCUAUAGAAGUUCAUCACCUGUAAACCAGACUGGGUAGACACAAGCCCACCAAGGAAUAGUACGGCUGUGCCCAGCGCCCAAGCUAUGAUGUGGAUAUGCA